AUGAGAGAUAUCCAGCAGGGGUUUGACAGCUGGUUUGAAGCAACGAUCUAUCUGUUUAAUGCCCUAGGGGAGUCCCGAGGCAUAAAGGCACGAGAAGCUCAAGAUGUGAAGAGAAAUAUCAGACAAAGUGAAGCAAACAAGACGCUGCAAAAAGAGGACUUGGCUUCUGAAUUGAAACUGUUCCAAACUCGAAAGGAAUCCUUGGAGAAAAGUCGUGAACAGAAGCAAUUUUUUGAAACUCUGGUUCCUAUGCUGGUUUCGAUUAUUCCUGGAGCUUCCAACAUCUCUGGGUUGUGCGCAAGCUUUGCAGGCUCUGCGGGCUCUACUGCUGCAGCAUCGACGCCGGUCUUUGCGGGUCUAGGAGUGGGAUCUACAACAGCUAGUCUUGCUGCUUUGCUUCCUUUUCUGCCCCAGGUAGCCGUUUCAGGAGCUAUUGGAUACUGCUACUACUCAUACCUGAAAUGGGAAGUUCUCAGUAUGGAAGAGAUUCAAGCGAAGCGACAGGCGUACAUCAACCAGAUUACAGAGAAUAUUUCUGAGUUUCAGGACACCCUUGAAGCCCUGGCUUCAGAAACUAUAUCAAUCGCGGAGAUCACCAAAAUUUUGGAGAAGUCUGACUUACGCGAAAAAGCAUUCAAAAUGAAAGUCAGCUUCAACUUUAUUCUCAGGGCGACUGAGAUCUAUGUUGCAAUCUCUACGAAAUUCAUUACACCGACAAUUCGUAAAGUUGGUGAAUUGCGCUUGUAUCAAGCCGGCAGCGAAGCGGCUAUAAAAGAAAAGUUGGAAGCUUUAAAUCAAGUUCGGCUUGCAGCCUGUGAGGGUACUGAUGAUCUGGCUUGCCAAAUGCACGAGGAACUCAAGAGAGAUAUUCAAGACAUAGUUGAGGAUUCCACUUUGGUGCAUCAUUGA